AUGCCAGCCGCGAAGAGAGACGUUCGUGGCACCGUUUGGUUCGGACGAACUAGGUCGUCUGUGGCCUCUACGCAACAUGCAGCUACGAGCACUGCCUCGGAUCAUGUCCCAAACAACCAGACGCUCAGUCAUGCCACUUCCGGGCUGACUGGUCUACCGCCACAGCCGUCCGUUCCCAAUCCGGCUCCCCGUGAAAUCCUAGCACGAAACCCUUGCGAAAUAUAUGAACCUUGUGCCGGCAUCUACUAUGGGCGAAUCUUGGUGCUGGCUAGGCAUCGGCAAAAUAAGGCCAAUUUAGUCCACAUCCAGAUGCAGGCCGUGGAGCGAUCGGCAAUAGAGAUGUGUGUCCAGAUGAUCGAUCGGCUUGCUCAUUGCAGCAUCCCGCGCCUGCUAGAUGUUUUCCAGUAUGCAGAUCGAUUCCUUCUUGUGUGGGAGCCCUUUGAGUGCACUCUCCACGAAGCUUUAGCGCUGAGCUGCCGCAUCACCGAAAGUGAAGUGGCCCAGAUCUUGUGGCCCGUGUUCAAGUGCCUUCAGUUCUUACGGGGCCAGUCGAGGGAGCUAGCCAGCCUGACUCCUCGAGACAUCUUGUUCACCGAGGAGGGUGAGAUAAAGAUCGCGGGUAUUGAGAACAGUCGCCACGUCGACCCUUCCCGUGCCGACGCAAUGACUUCUACAUUAAAUGCUCUCCGGUCGAUUCUCGAGAAGAUCAUGCAGAAAAAUGGCUCCAACUUCACUUGGAGCCAGGAGAUCCGAAGCUUUAAAUCGGCGCUGGCCAAGAGCACCUCCGCGCGAUGCUUGGAUAAAUUACUGCAACACACCUUCUUUGAGCAAGUGGUCGGGGGGGGAGGCCUAAAGGUACUAGUAGAGUUGGCCAACAAAACCAUUUUCUACACAAUUUCAUUUCCGCCCGAGGACUCUCUUGCCAAGACUGGGCCACUAGGGAAGCCUGUGGAGCCGUCUACGGUCUACGACAUAGGUGGAUGUCAAUAG